AUGCUGCUCGCCGGGCUGGCCGUGGCGCUGGCCCUGCUGCUCUGGGCCUGGCGCUGCCGCCCGGGGGGCGCGGGAUGCUGGGGGGCCCGGCGGCGGCCCUGGGGGCUCGUUCUCUGGCACUGGCUGGCGCUGCGGGUGCUGGGCCGGGCCGUGGGCUGGCAGCGCCGGCACCUGGAGCAGGCGUCCAAGGACGUGCGGCGGAGCCAGGAGCGCCUCCUGCUGCGGCUGCUGGGGGGAACCGGGGCCGCGGAGCCAGACUCGGCCGUGUUCCGGGCGCGUCACCCCCUGGCAGAGCGCGGCUCCAACGGGGGCGAGACCCCUGCCCACCCGGCACUGCCGAAGGGGCCCUGGGCUCUGCUUCGGAGCAGCUGCACCGCGGACUCCCCCCUGCAGGGGCCCGUGUUGUACCUGGACGUCCUGAGCAGAGUCUUCCCGGAGGCCCUGAGCCCGCGGGGCACUGCCCGCUUCUCCUGGGCCCAGGGCAGCUCCCUGCCGGCCGCAGCCUGGCCGCUGCCCACCUUGUACUGCACUCCGGAGGAGGCGGGCACGGUGCCCUCGCGCGCCGCGGCCCUGUAUGUGCAGCUGUUGUUUGCCCUGCGGGAGCGGGAGCUGCGGGCGCUGGAGGCCGGGCUGGUCUCGGAGCUGUACGAUGCCCUGGGCGUGCUGCGCGCCGGCUGGGAGGGCCUGGCGCAGGACCUGGCCUUGGGGAGGCUGAGUCCCCGGCUGGAGCUGCCUGAGGGGACCCGGCGCCGGCUGGAGCAGCUGCUGGCUCCUGACGCAGCGCGGGCGGCGGAGCUGAGGGCACAGUGCGCCAGGGGCUGGGACGGUGUCGCCCGGCGCCUGUGGCCGCGGCUCCAGGUGGUGGUGGCGGCAGAGCCCAGUGGCGAGCAGCUCUACGGGGAGGCCCUGCGGGAGUCGGAGUGCCAGGGCCUCUCCUUCUACUGCCCCUUCUACGGCGCCGCAGGAGCUCUGCUCGGGGUGAACCUGUGGCCGGAGCAGCCCGACUCCCGCUACCUGCUGUGCCCAGACUGGGCUUUCUGCGAGUUCCUGCCGGCGGGGCCGGGCUCUGAGGGGCCCCCGGGGACCGUGCUGCUGGCGGACGUGCAGGGGGGCAAGGAGUACGAGCUGGUGCUGACGGCCCAGGCUGGAUUGUCCAGGUGCCGCGUCGGGGAGGUGCUGAAGGUGGCUGAAUUCCACAACCAGUGCCCCGUGGUGGGGCUCGUGCGCAGGCUGAGCCAGACCCUGAGCGUGCGUGGGGAAGGCGUCCCCGAGGAGCGCUUCUACCAGAGCCUGCGCCGCGCCGUGGCCAUGUGGCCGGGAGCCCGGCUGGUCGAUUACGUCUGCGCAGAGAGCAGCCUUCUGGGUGCCUCCUCCGGGGUCUGCGCCCCCCAUUACCAGGUGUUCGUGGAGCUGCGGGGCGUGCGUGAUCUGUCGGAGGUGCAGCGCUAUAAGCUGGAUCAGUGUCUCCAGGAGGAUUUUCUGGUCUACAAAACCUUCCGCUUAAAGGGCAGCAUUGGGCCGGUGCGGCUGCACCUGGUGGCGGCCGGGGCCUUCAGGGAGCUGCGCGAUGCUGCGGGCUCCCUGGGCCCCAUGGCCAGAGUCCUGAGGGAGAAGCGCCUGCUGCACUUCAUCCAGAGCAGAGUCGUCUCGUGA